AUGGCUACAUAUCGACGAAUUUGGCAUUUGCACAAAGCUUUACAACAAAUCGAGACCACUGUUGCCGCAUAUAGACAACCAACAACUUUUCUUUUCACUCGUUGCUUAUCAACGACAAGUCGACUGAAGAAUUAUCACGAUCCAGAUGAGCAUCACCAUCAACCGGGAUCCCAUGGAGAGCCGGUUUAUCCGCCAGGGAGUGCUCAAUUUCCAAUCAAAACAUACCAUUUG